AUGAGUUCUAGAGCAUUAAGAAGAUUGGAAAGACGAAAAUUGGAAAAUGAAUUGUCUCUAUCUCCAGAACCAGAAAGAAAUGGCAAAGACGAUUCGGAUUUUGAAGAUGGUCUAAUUUCUAAACCAAAAGUGAAUGCAUUUGCAUUAUUAAACGAUGACAAUGAAACCGAGGACGAGGAAGAUCCUGAUAUAAAUUCUGAAAGUGAUAAUAAAGGGGAUGAGCCUACAGGGAAUACCCAUUCAACAUCAGGACAACAUACUAAAUCUUCGAAGAAGCAAAAAAAUAAGAAUAACAAAAAGAAGCAACAACAGAAGAAGACAACAACGAAUAAAAAGAAUCAGCAAAAUAAGAUAGUCGACGAAUAUGGUGACGAAGAGUUUGAUAAGAUAUUAGAACAGAUGAGAAUAAAAGACAAUCAAGCAACGACACUGCCAGUUACGAACCAAACAACCUCAGUAAGCGUGUAUGAUUUUGAGGAAGAAUUAGACGAAAUAACCACACCUAAUCCUGACUACGACUCUAAUUUUAAAGCAUUUACUACAAAUCGUUUGAAACAAUCUUUAUCUUUUUUGUCAAUUAAAUCAGUGGGUACUUUGGAUCAAGAUAAUGAGUAUAAGAAUUUAUUUGGAAAUUUAUCUAUGAAUACAAUUGAAGAUGCCAACUCAACGACAUCCAUGGGUAUAUCUCCAGAAAUGUUGCAACAAUUCAAAAGAUUGGCUAAAUUAACUCGUGGCUGGGGUGGGAAAGAUCGUCGCGGUAUUCCAGGCACAACAAGAAAGUUGCUAUUCUCCAAGAUUAGAGAUGACUGGCUACCAACAACUUUGAAGCCCUUAAACAUGGAAGAGAUUAAACCAGACGACUAUGUUAAGUUUUUGGAUUAUAAAGAAGACACGGCCAGUUUAGAGGAGCUUCAAUUAAAAGUAAAUAAAGAGGUGGAUUUGGGUGUGAAGUAUUUUCAAUUCUCUAAAAUCAACAAUAUCAAAGAACGUGUUGCAAACACUCGAUUUUAUGCUAGCGUGGUAAUGUCUCCAGAUCCCGAGUCAUUAAUGCAGCAAUUGCAACAAUACCCAUACCAUGUGGAAACUCUAUUACAAGUUGCUAUGGUGUUGCUAAGACAAGGAGAUAAUAAAUCUACAAGUAAUGCAUUGGUUGAGAGAGCACUUUUUGCAUUUGAUCGUUCACUCCAUAAAGGAUUUCACGAAUUGUUAUACCAAGCGUCAAAUGGGUUGGCAAGAUUGCCGUAUGAGCGGUUUAUGAAUCGUCAAUUUUAUUUGUGUUUGUUUAGGUACAUUACUGCGCUUGGUGAAAGAUCCACAUUCUACACUGCCUUAGCGUACUGCAAGCUUUUGUUGAGUUUAAGUCCGGCAGAAGAUCCCUUGGGUGUGAGAUAUUUUAUUGAUUUUUAUGCUUUAAUGAGUGAAGAGUGGAAAUACAUGGUCCGAUUUGCCGAAUCACCUUUGGUGACUACUUAUGCCAGAUGGUAUACACCAGGUAUUGCCUUUUCUACUGUGCUAGCUUAUUUAAAACUAAAUCAAGUGGAAAAAGCCAGAGUGGCAUUAAGAAAAGCUUUUGAAGCUCAUCCAUACACGGCAUACAAACUCUAUCAGCAAAUAGGUUUAUCUAAUGAUUCAUCAAUCAGUGAAGCCUCCUUCAAAAUAGAUACUGAGGUUGAAAUUGCUACGGAAACUUAUUUGGUCAGGUGUGCGAUUAUGUGGAAUGAUCAGUCCCAUAGACAAUUUUUGCAUGAUGAAUUACAAAAUUUAUUCUCAGAUUGGAAAUUGCAAAACACAAAGAAUGGUGUUUUUUCUUCAAUUUUAGGCACUUUGGGGUUCAAAGAUAAUAAAAAGGAAUCAAAUAAUGCGCCAUUUAAUUUACUUAGAUUUGCUAUUUUGUCUAGUGAAAACAAAAUUAUGGCAAAGUUGCCACAACAGCUUUGGUCCAGAAAUGAUAUAUUCGAGUACGAUAUAUUACCCCCAAAGCAAGAUGAGGAGCAACCUGUGCUAAUGGGGUUACUGAAAAAAGAUGAGAAUAUUGUUGAUCAUUUACUAGACUAUGUCGAUCAAAACUUGUUAGGAACUAUUAUUCAGAGCCGAACAGCUGAAGAAGGGAAUUUUGACGAAAUAGUCAGAGGGCUUGAAUUACAGAACGUGGAAGAGGCCGAGAACCAACAAGACUAA